ACAUACCGCAUACAGGAUUCGGGGAUAUCUGCAUGCCUGAUGGAUAAUAUUUUAAUAUUAAAAAAAUAGGCUUCAACAAAAGCAUACCUACAUUCACCUCACUGUCAUUUUCUGUCAGGGCAUGUGCUGAAGUGAAGCAGGUCACAAAUUUGUUACUUUUUAUUACCCAAAAGACCCAUUCUUGCGAUGUCAGUCAGCGCUAGCAUUAGUUAGCCUGCUAGCUUACAAAAAACCAAAACCAAAAAAAAAAAACCCACACUGGGCUCAGAUUAGCCAGCUGCAGACAUGAAGCGUACGGGCAGGAGACGGAGCUCUGUGUGGGACUGCUUUGAACAAGUGGGGAACUUCGUCCGCUGCACGAAAUGUGACGCUACACUCAAGUACUGCGGCGGAGCCACCAGCUCCAUGAUGAACCACAUGAGCAGGCACCAUCCGUCCACGGCGCCGCUGGACGAAGACGAGAAACCGGUCAUUUGUACCGUUCAGUGCAUCGAGGAGGAGAGUGCCGCUAACUCAGACAUCAUGCAGGUCGCUAUCAUGUCCCCAAACGUGAACACGACUACCAACCCCCACGAGCGCGACUACGGGGAGAGGAAGCGCCUCAAGCGGAGCUCGGUUUGGGACAUUUUCAUCAAAGUGGACGACGAGGUCCACUGCACGAUGUGCGACACAAAACUGAAGUACAGGAGCAGCACCACCAGCAUGAUGUACCACAUCAAAAACAAGCACCCAGACACUAUGCCUAACGACGGUGUCUCACUGGCAACACACGCAGAGGUGACUGAACUUAUCUCCAGAAUGAUAGAGAAGGACAUGCUUCCCAUCAGCAUGGUUAAUGGUGAUGGUUUUCGUGAGCUACUUGCAUACACAGUCCAUAAUUAUAAGAUGCCAUCUGCUGGCGAUAUCUCACGCCUUAUUGAAGGCCAUUUCCACGAGAAGGUAGAAGAGCUUGUAGUGCAGCUAGCUAGAGUGGAGAAAGUGGCUCUCACUGCUGACUUCUGGACAGCCCUGCCAUUUCAACGGUAUGUUACAGUUUCCUGCUCGUUCAUAACAGAAGACUGGCAGGGGAGGUCAGCUGUGCUGCAGACACACAAGCUAUCAUCAGACAGCCACGCUACUAUAGAAAGUGUCACAGAGAGGCUUCUCAACACUGUGCAGACCUGGGGUAUUGCUGGGAAAGUGACUGCAUGUGUUCAUAACAACACACAAGACAUCUUGUCAGCUCGUGUGUGUGCCCGUGUCACCUGGGACUAUGCCACUUGCUUUGCCACUACAUUGCAGCUAGCGGUCAGUGAUGGGCUGAGCGAGGAUCUAGUCCGCAUCAUUGUUGCCGCAGGGAAACUAGCCAAGCACUUCAGUCAUAACUUGCUGGCAAGUGAGGCCUUGGAGCAGAAGCAGGUUCAGAUGUGCCUGCCACAGCACAAGCUUAUCCAGUCGAGCAAAGCUAGAUGGGACAGUAUCUGCGAUAUGUUCGAACGGUUGCUGGAGCAACGAUGGGCAAUUAAAGCCGUGCUGUCUGAUCGCACAAUCACCAACAGACAGGAAGCCCAGACCCUUGAGAUUGAAGAUGAUUGCUGGCAGAUAAUUGAGAAUUUUACACCUGUGCUGGCAACACUGAAAUGGGCAACAACAGUCAUAUCUGCUGACACAGAGGUGUCCAUUUCAAACAUCUACCCAAUCACGUUCAGCCUCAUUCAGACUCACCUUGUGCCCAAAGAGAAUGAUGUUGAACAAGUCUCUGAUUUCAAGCUGAAAGUUCAGACGUCACUUAGAAAUCACAUGGAGGUCGACUCUAAUGACCUAGCCUCCAAACCAGCUCUGGUUGCCUCUAUGCUGGACCCCCGUCACAAACAUCUCAGCUUCCUGACACCAACGGGGAGACUGGCUGCAAAGGUUAAACUGCAUGAACUGGUUUCAAAGUUAGAUGUGAUAACUACUACGGUGGGCCCAAAGGAUGAACAGCAGGAGACCCUGGUCACACCCGAUAUUAGCCAGGUGGCUAUGCCCUCACAAAUGAGAAGUGACACCAAAAACACCAUGAUGUUGCUCCUAGGAGACAACUACAGUUCCUCCUAUGCCACGGACUCUGAGGCUCAGGUAGAUUACUACUUGAGAGACAUUGCUCCCUCACUGGACAUAAACCCUCUUGACUGGUGGAGGGUAAAUGGACCAAGAUUCCCCAAACUGGCCACUCUGGCGAGACACUAUUUGUGUGUACCUGGGGUAUCACUGCCAUCUUUAUUGUCAGAGGCAGGACAAGCAUUUGCAACAAUGCGCACAAGGCUGAGCCCAGAGCAUGUUGACAUGAUGAUCUUUGUAAACAGAAAUGUGUACCUUAAAUAACCCUACAUGAUGAAGAGCUACACUGACGUCCUAUACAAAUAUUAGAAUAAGGGUAGUGUAGGGCAGUGGGGAGCAAGACGCGGUGGGUGCAUGAUAGGUAGACACCUUGAUUGAAAUUUUCCAGCAGAUGUAACGACAGCAGGUACUUUCCCACUGUUGAUUUGUUGCAUCUGCUUGUGCUAACAAUGCUACGAAAUAAAAUCCUUUCCCUCAACAAAAAGUUGAGGGAAAAAGAAAAAUUCCUCCCAUAGCAGUUGCUGCCAGCUAAGCUGCACUCAAAUACUUAACUAUACUGAGCCAGUGGCAAAAAUGAUGUCAGCAACAUCUGAGUAAACACGUGGUGACUACAAAACCCUUGGCAUUCCACAUCAAACAUCAGGCAUUACCAAGCAUCUAUUAGAGGCUGCUAAAAGUGAAUCCAAAUUGCACUCUUUCAUACACUUCAUUUACCUUAACACAAGUGUUAUGUUUUGUACAUGGUAGUUACAAACACACAUUGAGUAACUUUCUCUACAGUAGUAUAUAAUUCAGGAUAAAACCAUGGAUUUUUUUUUCCUGUUACCAUGUUAGCAGACUGAAUAUUUGUAUUAUCAGUACAGCUGGAAACUCAAUGAACAAACUAACCACUGUAUAAUUAUCAGUAUUAAUGUGAUUUCUUCACCAUGCUGUGCCAAGAUAAAAUACAUACAGCUGUAGCAGGUGUGUGAUGAUCUGUUUGGGGACCAGUCGUUUUUGGC